AUGCAACGGGGUGAGCAUGGAUUCCAACCAUCCUGCUGGAGCCCAGGCCUCAAGAAACCCCAGACGUCAUUGCUGGUCUCUGUCCACCUGCCGGCUCCCAGACUCCUCCGAGGGCACCGGACGAGCAAGGUCAGAGCAGAAGGUCUAGGGAUUUCUGUCCUCUCCUUCUCCAGAGGCAGCCCCUCCCCCGCCCGGCAACUGGCUCGCAAGCGGCCCCCAGCGCCGGUCGCAGCCUGGUCUCAGGGUCGGGGGCUUCGGGAGGACGAGCCCGGCUCUGGGGCUUCCUCCCCCCGCUCCUCCCCUCCACACCUUCUCCGGGUCCGACGCCGGCGGGCGAGGGGCGCCGUCCUGGACGAGACCUGUCCGCGGUGGUGGCUGCCCGUCUGUCCCGGUCCCGAUGGGGCGGGGGCGCCGAGGACCGUCCCCCGGCCGCCGAAUCAGUUCUCCGCACGAGGGUCGGGGACGCGGACGCUCCGAGGAGCGAUCGCGGCUGCGGCGAAGGGACCGAGGGACUCGCUGCUUCCCUUUCACCAGGUGCUGUUUGCAGAUGUCGCGGCGUCUGCAGACUUGAACCACAAGCGAAGUUCUCUGAGCCGGAGCUCGGCGCGGUGCCCUGAUCGGCGGGGCGGCGGGAGCGGGACUCGCAGCGGCUGCGCCGAGGCCGCCGGGCGAUGCCCCCGCGCUUGGGAACACCGAGGUCCCCGGAGGAUCCGGGCCGGGAACAGCCUUGGGGAGACGGGAGCGGGCCCCGCCCGACGGAGCAAGGCUGCAGAGGCCUGAAGAGAGUGUAACUGUGUCCUUGGUCAGAGUCUGCAGGCUGAGUCUCUGAGGAGCCGAAACUGAGGAGCUAAAACAGCUCAGCCCUGUUGGCAUGGGCGGAGCCUGCCCAGGAGGCCGAUGCCCACAGCAGACCCUGGUUGCACCAGCUGACA